CCUCCAAACAGCAGGAUGGAGACACAGAAGACACGGAAUCGGAGGCGGUGCGCCGGCGCUGGAGGAGCUACGUGGACCUUUCCGACGAUGAGGAUCUGCUAGCGGAUGAGGCGUCCGGAGACGGCUACGGCAGCGGGGAGAAUGGCAGCGGGACGACCUCUAUGGUCAAACCUCCGAUCGCUGGAACGCCCCUCCCUGCCACAGUCUAUUUCCGGGCCCUGGUGAAUUUCACAAAAUCCAUCGACUACAGCCCGCGCCUGGACGAUGUCAACUCCGAGGAGUUCCGGGACGUCUCCGAAGCGGUGGUGGACACGCUGGAGUCUGAAUACUACAAAAUCCCUGGCGACCAGGUGGUCAGUGUGGUCUUCAUCAAGGAGAUUGACGGCUACAUCUUUGUGGAGCUGGACGUGGGCUCCGAGGGGAACGUGGACGAAGGGCAGAUCCGCGAGGUGCUCUUCUCGGUCAUCGAGAGCGGCUCCAUCGCCUCCUACGUCACCUCCACGUGGGGCUUCCAGUUCCGGCGAUUGGGAGCAGUGCCCCCAGAGAUACGCGCUUGCACGGCUGACGAGUUCUCUUGCACGAGCGGGGAGUGUGUGCCCAGGGAGUUUGUCUGCGACCGCCGGCCAGACUGCAGGGAUAUGUCGGAUGAGCUGGAGUGCGAUCCGACCCCCCACCCUCACGAGUGUGCCGACAAAGAGUUUUCCUGCGACAGCGGGCAGUGCGUGCACCUGGUCUACCGCUGCGAUGGGCACCCCGACUGCGAGGACGCCUCCGACGAGGACGGCUGCGAACCCACCGUGAUCCCUCCGAGGGUGCCCGGCGCCCCCCACCGGCCCGUCACCACCCGGAUCCCUGCCACCACGUCCCUGCUGACCACCCGCCGGACACCGGUCACUUCGGCUUCUCGGCUCGUCACCCCGAAGCCCUCGCUGUCGCCGGAGCUGCGCCCCUGCCGGAAGGACGAGGCCGUCUGCUCCAACAAGCAAUGCAUCCCCCGGGACUACCUGUGCGAUGGCGAGAGGGACUGCCGGGACGGCAGCGACGAGCUGAAUUGCGGCACCCCUUUCCCCUGCGAACCCAACGAGUUCAAGUGCCGGAACGGGCACUGCGCCCUCAAGCUCUGGCGAUGCGACGGGGACAACGAUUGUACGGACGGCUCCGACGAGUUCAAUUGCCCCACGAAAGGCCCCGGGGACACCUGUGGCCCGGACCAGUUCGUCUGCCUCUCCACCCGCACCUGCAUCCCGGCCAGCUACCAGUGCGAUGAGGAGACCGACUGCGCGGAUCGCUCGGACGAGAUCGGAUGCCUCCCCCCCCAGGUGAUCACCCCUCCGGAGGAGUCCAUCCACGUCGCCCCCGGAACCACCGUGCGUUUCACCUGCGUGGCCGUCGGCGUUCCCACACCCAUGAUCACCUGGAGGCUCAAUUGGGGGCACAUACCCAGCAGCCCCAGGGUGUCCAUCACCAGCGAGAAGGGCCGGGGGACGCUGAUCAUCAAGGACGUGAAGGAGGCUGACCAGGGGGCCUACACCUGCGAGGCCAUCAAUGCCCGGGGGAUGGUUUUCGGCAUCCCCGACGGUGUCUUGAGCCUCACACCUGGCCGAGGGCCCUGCUCCGAAGGACAGUUCCACCUGGAGGCCACCGCCCGGUGCCUGCCCUGCUUCUGCUUCGGCAUCACCAAAACCUGCCGCGAAACCAGCCGCCACCGGCACCAGAUCCGCCUGCGUUUCAACGCGCCCGACGACUUCAAAGGUGUCAACGUGACGGCGCCCUCCCAGCCCGGGACGCCCCCGCUCUCCUCCACGCAGCUCCAGAUCGAGCCCGGCCUGCAGGAGUUCCAGCUGGUGGACCUCUCCCGCCGCUUCCUGGCCCACGACUCGUUCUGGACGCUCCCUGCGCAGUUCCUGGGGAACAAGGUGGAUUCCUACGGCGGCUACCUCCGCUUCAAGGUGCGCUACGGCCUGGGCCGGGGCCAGUCAGAGCCCGUGCAGAAGCCCAACGUCGUCCUUGUGGGCAACGGGCAGAAACUCCUCUACCGGGCCCAGGUGCCCACACAGCCGUCGGUGGUGAACCAGCGCCAGGUCCAUUUCAGCGAGGAGAACUGGGAGAAGGAGUCCGGGGCUCCCGUGAGCCGCGAGGAGUUGCUGUUUGCCCUGCAGAACCUGGAAGCUGUCAUGAUCCAGACGGUCUACGACAACCGGAUGGCCAGCGUGGGGCUGAGCGACGUGGUCAUGGACACCACCACCACGGAGGUCACCGAGCUGGGUCCGGCACGUGGCGUGGAAGAAUGCAGGUGCCCCGUCGGUUACUCCGGCCUGUCGUGCGAACGGUGCGACGCUCAUUUCAAGCGCCUGCCCGGCGGCCCCUACCUGGGCUCGUGCUCCGGCUGCAACUGCAACGGACACUCCAGCUCCUGUGACCCGUUCUCCGGCCACUGCCUGAACUGCCAGCACGACACGGAAGGGCCGCAGUGCGACAAAUGCAAACCCGGGUUCUUCGGGGACGCCACCAAGGGCACCCCCACCGCCUGCCGCCCCUGCCCCUGCCCGUACACGGAAGCCCCCCGGAGGUUCUCCUUUUCCUGCUUCCUGGACACGGACGGACACGCCACAUGCGACGCCUGCGAACCGGGCUAUACAGGACGCCGCUGCGAAAGAUGUGCGGCAGGCUACGAAGGCAACCCCAUCCAACCAGGCGGGAAGUGUGUAAAACUUACGGACGAAAAGCCUUCCGCGCAAGGGAUCGACUCCUGUGACCUUCGAGGGAGCCGCAGGGCCUCAGACGGCGCUUGCCAGUGCAAGCCGAACGUCGACGGACGGCUCUGCAACGAAUGCGCCACGGGCUCCUUCCACCUGAGCCACCGGAACCCGGACGGCUGCCUCCGCUGCUUCUGCAUGGGGGUCUCCCGCCAGUGCACCAGCUCCUCCUGGAGCCGGGACCAGGUGCGGCUGGACGCCGAGAGGGAGCAAUUCAGCCUCUCCAACGCCGCCAGCAGCCGGACCGUCGCCGAGGGGAUCCGCCUCACGGAGGGCUCCGAGCUGACCUUCUCCUCCUUCCACACACUGCCCCGCGACGUCUACUAUUGGGUGCUGCCGGAGCGCUUCAAAGGAGACAAGGUGACCUCGUACGGCGGAGACCUGCGCUACACCGUCACCCACCACACUUACCCUGGCUUCCCACUGCUGCGAGGCCAGCCCGACGUCCUGCUCCAGGGGAACGGCAUUUUCUUGGAGCACGUGGCCGAAACGAGCCCCGCGCCCGGGGUGCCCACGACCUUCACGGUGCCCUUCCGGGAGCAAGCGUGGCGUCGUGCCGACGGACAGAACGCCACCCGCGAGCACCUCUUGAUGGCGCUGGCUGACAUCGACGUUUUCAUGAUUCGGGCCUCCUACUCUGAGCAGCCGUCAGAGAGCAGGAUCUCUGGCAUCCACAUGGACGUGGCCGUGCCACAUCCCACCGGCCUGGACCCAGCCUUGGAGGUUGAGGACUGCACCUGCCCGCAAGGAUACCGCGGCCCUUCCUGCCAGGACUGUGACGUCGGCUACACGCGCACCACCAGCGGCCUCUACCUGGGCACCUGCGAGCCCUGUGACUGCAGCGGGCACGCGGCCGAGUGCGACGCCGAGACGGGAGACUGCCAGGACUGCCGGGACAACACGGAAGGCCCCCGGUGCGAGCGCUGCCAGCCGGGCUUCUUCGGCGAUGCCAGGCACGGAGUCUGCCGCCCGUGCCCCUGCCGCGGACCGCCCUCGGCCAGCCAGGCCGCCCAGACCUGCUUCGUGGACGCGGACGGGCAGCCCACCUGCGACUCCUGCGCCCCGGGCUACAUCGGGCGCCAGUGCGAAAGGUGCGCUCCAGGCUACGUGGGCGAUCCCAGCCGGGGACAACCCUGCACAGAUUCAGGCAUCGGGUGCCACUGUGACCCCCACGGCAGCAUCAGCAACCGGUGUGACAACGGUGGCCAGUGCCGGUGUAAGGCCAACGCGGAGGGCCGGGCCUGCAGCGCCUGCCGCCCGCAUCACUUCCACCUGAGCGCGGAGAACGCGGAAGGCUGCCUGGCCUGCUUCUGCAUGGGCGUCACGCAGCAGUGCACCAGUUCCAGCUAUCAUCGGGACGUGGUCACCAGCGCCUUCCUCCCCGGGAACUUCCAGGGCUUUGCUCUGGUCAACCGCCAGCGCAGCACUCGGAUCCAGACCGGCUUCACGGUGGAGAUGUCCCCCGAGGGGCCUCAGCUCUCCUACGGCCGUUUCGGCGAACUGGGGCAGCAAACCUACUACUGGCAGCUGCCGGAGACCUACCUGGGCGACAAGGAAGAGACCUACUUUGCUCGGAUGCGUCGCGCCCACAAGCUGAACUCCACGUCCCUGACGGAGGAGCAGUUUCGGAAGGAUGUGGCUGCGGGCUGGAUCCCCAGCUCCGUGGCCGCCGGUAGCAGGGCCAGGAGAUCCGCCCAGGGAGAAGGAAUCCCCCAAAGACCACCCCAGGACCCCUCCAGCAACCUGCUCUCCACUUCUCAACAUCGCCUCAGGGUGUCUGAGGCCCAAAAGCACUGGCUUCACUUCAAGGGUUUCUCUCUGCUUCCUGAGGUCACUUACUACUGGUUGCUGCCAAAACCCUUCCUGGGAGACAAGGUGGGCUCAUACGGGGGGCGACUCCGCUACACCCUGUCGUACAACGCCGGAGCGAGAGGCACCCCGCUGCCCGACGCAGACGUGCAGCUCACCGGUAACGACAUCACCCUGGUGGCCUACCUGCCGGAGCUUCGGCCCCGUGAACGCAAAAGCUUCGAGGUUCUCUUCCGGGAGCAAUUCUGGAAGCGGCCGGACGGGCAGCCCGCCACCCGGGAGCACUUGAUGAUGGCGCUGGCGGACCUGGACGAGAUCCUCAUCCGGGCCACUUUCUCCACGGACAUGCUGUCGGCCAGCAUCACCGGCGUCAGCAUGGAGACCGCCGUGCCCACCUACACCAGCCUGGCGCGGGCCCUGGAGGUGGAGGAGUGCCGCUGCCCGCCAGGAUACCAGGGUCUCUCCUGCCAGGACUGUGCAGCCGGCUACACCCGCACAGGGGGCGGCCUCUACCUGGGCCACUGCACGCUCUGCGAGUGCAACGGGCACUCGGACGCCUGCCACCCGGAGACCGGGGCCUGCUCGAACUGCCUGCACCAGGCGGCCGGGGAGUUCUGUGAGCAGUGCAGCCCCGGGUUCUACGGAGACGCCACCGCCGGCACCCCCGAGGAUUGCCAGCCGUGCGCCUGCCCACUGCCGGAGCCUGAGAACCAGUUCUCGCGGACGUGUGAGAGCCUGGGCGGCGGAGGCUACCGCUGCACGGCCUGCGAGCCGGGCUACACCGGGCAGUACUGUGAACAGUGUGCUGCAGGUUACACUGGGAACCCCAACAUCCGUGGACAGAAGUGUGUACCCCUGGGCCUCCCAGAGCCACCACCCUUCAUCGUGCAAGUCCACCCGCCACGGUCCGCCGUGUCGCAAGGCAGCGAGGUGACCCUGCGCUGCCACGUCAGCGGGGCACCGCCCCAUUAUUUCUACUGGUCCCGGGAAGACGGGCGCCCCGUGCCCGGCACCGCUCAGCGCAGGCGGCAAGGAGAGGAGCUCUUCUUCGCCAGCAUCCAGCCCUCCGAAGCCGGGGUCUACGUUUGCACCUGCCGCAACGCCCAGCACAGCAACGCCGGCCGCGCGGAAGUCAUCGUCACAGAAGCCCCCAGCAAACCCAUCACAGUGACCGUGGAGGAGCAGAAGGUGCAGAACGUGAAGCCAGGGGUGGACGUGACCUUCGUGUGCACCGCCAAGAGCAAGUCUCCCGCUUACACGCUGGUGUGGACGCGGCAGAACAACGGCAAGCUGUCCAGCCGGGCCAUGGACUUCAACGGCAUCUUGACCAUCCGUAACGUCCAGCCGGAGGACGCCGGCGUCUACAUCUGUACCGGCUCCAACAUGUUCGACAUGGACGAGGGCGUGGCCACCCUCUACGUGCAAGCGCCGUCUAAGACCCAGAUGUUCUAUGGACCCGUAGAAGUGGUGGAAGGCCACAGGCCCUCUACGCCCUCUGUCCAUCCCAUGGCCACCGUCGAGCCUUCGCAGCUGAGUGUCCAGCCAGGCCAGCCGGCCGAGUUCCGUUGCAUUGCUACAGGAAGCCCUGAGCCCACAGUGGAGUGGAUAGGUGGACCAGGGGGCGUGAUCUCCCCGCAGGCCAUCAUCCAGGGCGGAAUCCUGCGCUUCCCAUCCGUUAAGCCCUCCGACGAGUCCCAGUACCUGUGCCGUGUGCGGAGCAGCGCCGGCCAGCAUAUGGCCCGGGCCUUCUUGCAAGUACACAGUGCCAGCGUCCCGCAAGUCCAGGUGAGCCCGGAGCGGACGGAAGUGCACGAAGGCAGCACCGUCAGGCUGUAUUGCCGGGCUGCCGGCUCCCCUGCCGCCACCAUCACCUGGGAGAAGCAGGGGGGGAGCCUCCCCCCACAGUCCCACGCGGAGCGGACGGACAUCGCCACCUUGGUGAUCCCUUCGAUCAAGGCUGCCGACGGAGGGGUGUACCUGUGCGUGGGGCGCAGCGCUGCUGGCGUGGGCCAGGCCCAGAUCGAGGUGGUCGUCGUGCGAGCUUCAGGGGUUUCGCCGACAGUCAAGAUCGAAUCGUCAUCCUCUUUGGUCACAGAAGGGCAGACCUUGGAUCUGAACUGCGUUGUGGCCGGCCACUCAACGGCUUCAGUCAAAUGGUACCGACGAGGAGGCGCCCUGCCAGCCAAUCACAAGGUCUACGGGCCGCUGCUGCGCAUCCUGCAAGUUUCUGCCGCCGACUCGGGUGAAUAUGUCUGCCGGGUCAGCAACGGAGGCGGCCCCAGAGAAGCGUCCAUCGUCGUGACCGUCCAGAAGGGCCACGCUCCGUCACCCGAGACCCCUCCAGUCACGAUCGAAUCUCCGUCGCCUUCCAUCACUGAGGGGCAGGCUUUGGACCUGAACUGCCGCAUCGCCGGCCAGGCGCGGCCCAGGGUCACGUGGUACAAGCGAGGGGGCCCGCUCCCUGCUAAUCACAAGAUUUCUGGCUUCCACCUGAGGAUUCUUGAGGCCACGGUGGCGGACUCUGGUGAAUACGUGUGCCGCGUGGCCGAGGGCGACAGCGGAGUGGUCCAAGAGGCCUCCAUCGUGGUCACCGUUUACAGCACCUCCCAAACCUCAGGGAUCACACCUCCGCUGAGAAUCGAGUCUUCCUCGCCCAACGUUGUUCAAGGACAGACCCUGGACCUGAAUUGUGUCACGGCGGGCCAGACCAGGGCCACGGUCACGUGGUACAAGCGAGGCGGCUCCCUGCCGGCCAGUCACCAGGUGUCCGGCUCCCACCUCCGCAUCCCGCAGGCCUCCACCGCAGACUCGGGCGAAUACGUCUGCCACCUCAGCCUGGACUCCGUCAUCCGAGAAGCCUCCGUCAUCGUCUCCAGCGCCGGCUCCUCUUCCCCCUUACGCAUCACUCCCUCCAUGAGGAUCGAGGCCUCCUCUCCUCACGUGGCCGAAGGGCAGACCCUGGAGCUGGACUGCGUCUUGGCCCGCCAGGACCAGGCCACGGUCACGUGGUACAAGCGUGGAGGCGCCCUGCCGGCCAGCCACCAGGUCUUCGGGUCCCGCUUGCGGCUGGUGAAAGUCUCCCCGGCGGAUUCCGGCGAGUACGUUUGCCGCGUCAGCUACUACGCCGCAGCCGCCCAAGAGUCGUCCGUCUUCAUCACAGUCCAGCAGGGCGGCAUCAACUCCUUCCCCGCCGGCGUGACUCCUCCGGUGCGCAUUGAGUCUUCGUCCCCCUCCCCCUCCGAGGGCCACACGCUGGACUUGACGUGCAUCAUGGCGGGUCCCACUUCGCAGGCCAGGGUCACGUGGUACAAGCAAGGCGGCGCGCUCCCCGCCGGUCACCAGGUCUCCGGCUUCCUCUUGCGCAUCCCUCAGGCCUCGGCGGCAGACUCCGGGGAGUACGUCUGCCGCGUCACCAACGGCACGGCCGUCCACGAGGCCUCCCUCAUCGUCACCAUCCAGGGCGGCACGGGCUCCUCCUACUCCGUGGGCGUCACCCCCCCAAUACGGAUCGAGACCGCGUCGGCGUCCGUCGUGGAGGGACAGACCGUGGACCUGAACUGCUUGGUGGCGGGUCAGUCCCAGCCCAGGGUCAAGUGGUACAAGCGAGGAGGCGCCCUGCCCGUCAAUGCCCAGAUCUUCGGUUCCCACCUCCGGAUCCUGCAGGCCUCGGCGUCUGACUCAGGACAGUACGUCUGCUACGUGAACGGCGGAGACAGGCCCUUGGAGGCCUCCGUGAUUGUCUCCAUCCCCAGUGGCUCGGGUUCCACUCACCACUCCGGCGUGGUCCCGCCGGUGAGGAUCGAGUCUUCGUCCACCUCCCUCGCAGAGGGACAAACCUUGCAGCUCAACUGCCUGGUCGCCGGCCAGUCGCAGCCCGAAGUCACGUGGUUCAAGCGAGGGGGACCCCUCCCCGCCAACCACCAGGUCUCCGGCACUCAGCUGCGCGUCCCACAGGUCUCCUCAGCCCAUUCCGGAGAGUACGUCUGCCGCGUUAGCGGCACGGCGGUCACCCAGGAGGCCGCGUUGGUGGUCACCAUCCAAGACGGCGAGAGCCCCACCCAUCCUCCCCCUCUGCGGAUCGAGUCUUCCUCCCCCUCCGUCGUGGAAGGACACAACCUGGAUCUGACUUGCGUUGCCCCGGGACAGCCACGCGCUACGUUCACGUGGUACCGCCGGGAGGGGCCCCUGCCUGCCGGCCACCGGGUCUCCAAUGGCCACCUGCGGCUGGUGCAGCUCACCCCCGCCGACUCCGGGGAGUACGUGUGCCGCACGACCGGUGGAGCCGCCCCGCAAGAAGCCUCCUUGGUGGUCUCCGUCCUGGCCAGCGCCACCACCAACCCCAGUGCCGCUUCCCGUCUACAGAGUCCCAUCAUCUCCAUCGACCCGCACAGCACCGCGGUGCGCAGGGGGGCAGACGUGGCCUUCAGGUGCCGGAUCCACGAUGGCGCUCAGCCCAUCGAGGUCUCCUGGAAGCUGCCCAACAACCAGCUGCAAGAUAACGUGAGGAUCAGCCCCAACGGGUCCGUGGUCACCAUCUCCAACGCGCGGCCCCAGAACCAGGGGGCCUACCGGUGCGUGGCCUCCAACCGCUUUGGGAUCGCCAACAGCCUGGUCAACCUGAUGGUGCAAGGGCCUCCCACAGUCUCGGUGGUGCCCCAGGGCCCCGUGCGAGUGAAGGUGGGCAAAUCCAUCAGCCUGGACUGCCUGGGGGCAGGCGAGCCCCGGGCGCUGGUGCGCUGGAGCAAGCUGGGCGCCCGUCAGAAGGUGGAGCACCAGACGCUGAUGCCGCUGGACAGCCGCGCCGUGCUGCAGAUCUCAUCCGCGAAACUCGAAGACGCCGGCAGCUACGUGUGCAUGGCCCAGAACACCCUUGGCACGGCGGAGGCCCAGGUGGACGUGAGCGUGGAGUCCGUGCACGGGAAACUCGGGGCGCCGGAAAUCCGCGUGAACCCGACGCAGACGGUGGUAGCAGGACAGACCGCCCAGCUGCGUUGCUCUGCCACAGGCGACCCCACGCCGACCAUCCACUGGUCCAAGCUGAGGGCUCCCUUGCCCUGGCAACACCGCCUCGACAACGACACCCUGGUCAUUCCCCGAGCGGCCCAGCAAGACUCCGGCCAGUACAUCUGCAACGCCACCAACUCUGCCGGCUUCACAGAGGCCUUCAUCAUGCUGGACGUGGAGACGCCUCCCUACGCCACCGUCCUCCCGGACGCAGCCUCGCUACGGGCCGGCGAGGUGGUGCAGCUGCAGUGCCUGGCCCACGGCACGCCGCCCCUGCGCUACGAGUGGACCAAGGUCAACGGCAGCCUCCCCGUGCACACCACGGUGCGCGACGGCGUCCUCCACAUCAGCCCCACCACGGCCCACGACUCAGGGACGUACCGCUGCCACGUCAGCAACAGGGUGGGCUCCGCCGAGGCCCUGGCCAGGGUCCGGGUGCAAGGCCCCGUUGGAGGACCACCGUCUGUCCGGGUCAUCCCGCAGAGCGACACGAAAGCGGUGGGCGGCACAGCGGAAUUCGUGUGCUCCGUUGCCGGAGACCCCCAGGCACGGAUCGAGUGGGUCAAAGAGGGAGGGGAGCUGCCCCCCAGCCACACCAUUGAAAACGGAGUGCUCCGGAUUGAGAAAUUGGACCGUGAGUGCCAGGGGGUGUACGUCUGCCGCGUCAGCAGCCCCUCCGGCCAGGCCCAGGAGAGGGUCAGUCUGACCAUCCAGGCGCUGCCCAAAGUGAUGAUCAACAUCCGGACGUCGGUGCAGACGGUGCUGGUGGGCAGCGCCGUGGAGUUCGAAUGCCUGGCCUUUGGGGACCCCAAGCCCCGCGUCACCUGGAGCAAAGUGGGCGGGCAGCUGCGCCCGGGGGUGCUGGCCAGCGGCGGCAUGGUGAAGAUCGAGCGGGUGGAGCAGGCGGACGCUGGGCAGUACCGCUGCACGGCCACCAACAACGUGGGCGCCGUCCAGUCCCACGUCAUCCUGCACGUCCAAUCCGUCCCCCAGAUAACGGCCCAGCCGGAAGUGAAAGAGGUCUCCGCGGGGUCCAUGGUGGUCUUCCCAUGCUUGGCUUCCGGGUUCCCCGUGCCAGACAUCACCUGGACCAAGUUGGAAGGGGACCUCCCCCAGAGCGUCCGCUUGGAGGGCAACGUCCUGACCAUCCCGGCCGCCCGGCCGGAGGACACCGGCAUCUACGUCUGCACGGCGUCCAACCGGCAAGGGAAGGUGACGGCUUUCUCCAUGCUCAAAGUGCGAGAGCGAGUGGUGCCCUAUUUUACCCAGAAUCCUCAGUCCUACCUGGCGCUGCCGACCAUGAAAGACGCCUACAAGACGUUCGCGAUUGAGAUCACCUUCCGGCCCGACACGCCCGACGCUCUCAUGCUUUACUCAGGGAUGCUGGUGUACAACGGGCAGAAGAAGAACACAGGCACCGAUUUCGUGUCCUUUGGGCUGGUGGGAGGCCGCCCGGAGCUCAGGUUCGACGCUGGGUCCGGCAUGGCCACCAUCCGCCACCCUUCGAUCAUCAAGCUGGGAGAGUUCCACACCAUCCGGCUCUACCGCAACCUCACCCAGGGCUCCCUCGUGUUAGACAACCACCCCCCUGUGAACGGGACGUCCCAGGGCAAAUUCCAGGGUCUGGACCUCAACGAGGGGCUUUACCUGGGCGGAUACCCGAACUACGCCGCCGUCACAAAGACAGGCCUCAGCAGCGGCUUCAUCGGAUGUGUGCGGCAGCUGAUCAUCCAAGGCAAAGAGGUGAUCUUCAAGGAUUUUGACCUGCAUGCCCACGGCGUCUCGAAUUGCCCCACGUGCCAGGACCGGCCAUGCCAGAACGGAGGUGUCUGCAGGGACUCGGAGAGCAGCAGCUACGUGUGCGAGUGCCGGCAGGGCUUCGCCGGCAGCAACUGCGAACACCCCCAGGCCCUGCGCUGCCACCCAGAGGCCUGCGGUCCGGACGCCACGUGCAUUAACGACGCCACCGGGCAAGGCUACUCCUGCCGCUGCCUCCUAGGCAAAUACGGGGAGAAGUGCAUGGCGGGGGCCACGGUGACCACGCCUCACUUCCACGGGGGCGACGCCUUCGUCUCCUACCCGCCCCUCACCAACAUCCACUACGAGCUGCGCGUGGACAUUGAGAUCAAGCCGCUGUCCCCCAACGGCCUGGUGCUCUUCAGCGGCGGGGACGGAGCCCCGGUGGCCGACUUCGUCUCGCUCAACAUGGUCAACGGGCACUUGGAGUUCCGCUACGAGCUGGGAGCAGGCAUGGCCAUCCUCCGGAGCGCACAGCCCCUGGAGCUGGGGCAGUGGCACAGGAUCACGGCGGAACGCCUCAACAAGGAUGGCACCCUGCAAGUGGACGAUGAGCGGCCCGUCAAGAGGUCCUCGCCAGGGAAGAGCCAGGGCCUCAACCUCCGCACGGCCAUGUACCUGGGAGGCGUGGACGACACCGUCACGCUGCCGCCGCCGGCCAACAUCUCCAGCCACUUUGACGGCUGCGUUGGGGAGGUCUCCAUCAACGGGAAGAAGCUGGACAUCUCUUACAGCUUCCUGGAGAGCCGCGGCAUCUCGCAGUGCGUCGACAGCUCUCCGUGUGACCGCCGGCCCUGCCAGCACGGCGGCAAGUGCCUGCUCACCGGCGAGUACGAAUUCCAGUGCCUGUGCCUGGACGGCUACAAGGGGGAGCGCUGCGAGGCGCGUGAAGCUCAGUGCCGGCUCCAACAUCCCUGCCUCAACGGCGGCACCUGUACAGACGUGAGCUGCAUCUGCCCCCCGGGCUUCUUGGGUUCGUACUGUGAACACGAAGAAUCGUCGCACCGAUUGAAUGGCGAGUGGACUCCUGAGGGCAGCGGGGGGAACGAUGCUCCAGGGCAAUACGGCGCCUAUUUCCACGACGGCGGCUACGUGGCCCUCCCACGGCAUGCUUUCCCCAGGAGCCUCCCUGACGCACCGGAGACGAUUGAGCUGGAAGUGCGCACCAACUCUCCCAGCGGGCUCCUCCUCUGGCAAGGCGUGGCAACCAGGGAGGCGGGUGUUGAGCAGUAUGUUGCUAACAAGGAGGAAGGGCAAAGCGGCAAAGCAAAGGAUUUCAUCAGCCUUGGACUGAAGGACGGGCACCUGGUGUUCAGUUACCAACUAGGGAGCGGGGAAGCGAACAUCCUCUCUGAAGACCCUGUGGAUGACGGCGAGUGGCACAGAGUGACGGCUAUCCGGGAAGGAAGAAAAGGCUUCCUUCAGGUAGACGGUGAAGAGAUGAUAACCGGGGAAUCUUCCGGCAAGAAUGUCAUGGUGAACACCAAAGGUCGAGUGUAUCUAGGGGGAGCCCCCGACAUCCAGACUCUGACGGCAGGAAAGUACGUCUCAGGAAUCACGGGGUGCAUUAAGAACGUGGUGCUGGUCAACGACAGGCCGGGCCAGCAGCCUCAGCAGCCGGUGGACCUGCAGCAUCACUCGGAGGCCGCCCUGAACAUCCAGGAGUGCCCUUCAUAGGCCAGGCUCGCCUCGCCCACGCUCCUCGCUGUCGUUUGUCGUCAUCAGGCCAAUUGAGAGACAUCUGUUAUUAUUAUUAUUUUAUUAUUAUUAUAAUUAUUAUUAUGAAUUUUU